AUGAAGCGGCGCGUGGAAUGUGCGACCAAAGUUGUGGCCCGUUUUGAAGAGGCGCAUCGUAACACGAUGGCCGAUACCGUAACGACCGAAGUAGCUGCGGCGAAGUACGUGGCGGCCAACUACAAGGCCGACGUGACCAAGCUGGCCAGCUUCUUGAAGAGGGCGCUCAAAAGUGCCGUCGUCAGCGGCAAGCUGGUCCAGACCAAGGGAACCGGAGCGUCGGGUUCGUUCAAGCUAUCAGCCGCCGCCAAGAAGCCAGCGGCAGCGAAGAAGGCAGCAGCCCCGAAGAAGUCCGCGUCGGCCGCCGACAAGAAGAAGAAGGUCGCUGCCAAGAAGCCGGCCGGAGAGAAGAAGGCCGCCGCCAAGAAGUCCACCAAGAAGGCAGAGGCUGGCAAGAAGCCGAAGACAGCCGCCGCCAAGAAACCGAAGGCCGCCGAUGGUGCAAAGAAGGCCGCCAAGAAGCCAGCAGCGCCCAAGCAGAAGUCCACGAAGCCAUCCAAGGCGGCGGCCGCCAAGCCGAAGGCACCGAAGCCAAAGAAAGCCGCAGCUCCCGCCAAGAAGGCUGCCGCACCGAAGAAAGCCGCCGCACCAAAGAAGGCAGCCGCUCCGAAGAAGGCAGCAGCAGCCAAGAAGUAA